CUAGCAGAGCUUCAGAGGAGCCGGACCUCCCAGUGGGGAGCAGGGUGGAGGAAGAGGAGGGCUCACUGCAGCGAUCCCAGUUUCACCACUGGGACAUGGGACUUGGGCGGCGUCUCUCGCAAGGAGAAUACAACCUCUAGCUCACGUCCAGGCUGUGAAUUUGGAGAUGUCAAGUGAUCUCCAUCCUUCAUCCAAUCGCCCCAGUGGCAAUGCUGGGACCAUGAGCGUGAAGACCCUGCUCCUGCUGGUGUGCCUUUGGGGCAUUGCAGAUGCCGUCAUCGAGAGCCAAGGGUGGCUCCUUCGCCUGGAGGGUGGCCCAGACCGCUGCGCCGGGCGGGUUGAGGUGCUUCACAACGGGACGUGGGGAACAGUGUGCGAUGAUGGUUGGGGUGCCCCUGAGGGUCAGGUUGUGUGCCGGCAGCUGGGCUGUGGGACGCUGCUGUCGGUGGCACCAGGAGGUCGGUACGGAGAAGGGACGGGAGAGAUCUGGUUGGAUGAGGUCAACUGCACCGGGGAAGAAAAGAACCUCUCAGAAUGCCGAGCGCGGCCGUUGGGGGAACACAAUUGCCAGCACAAGGAGGACGCCAGCGUUGAGUGCUCAGACUCCACCAUCAAAGCUUUGGGCACUCUCCAGCUGCUCAACGGCCCCAACCGCUGUGCCGGGCGGGUGGAAGUGCUGCACGACCACAUGUGGGGCACAGUCUGCGAUGACGGCUGGGACCUGGUGGACGCGGCGGUGGUUUGUCGGCAGUUGGGCUGUGGGACAGCACUGUUGGCUACCGGUGAAGCUCACUUCGGGAAGGGCCACGAUCCCAUCUGGUUGGAUGAGGUCAACUGCACCGGCAGGGAGGACACGCUCUUCAAGUGCUCAGCCAGCAUGUGGGGGCGAAGCAACUGCUUCCAUGGCGAGGACGCAGGGGUGAUCUGCUCAGCUUCAGGGAUGUCGGUGGCCACCGAGCUCCGCCUGGCCAACGGUUCGACCCGGUGCAACGGCCGAGUGGAGGUCACCCACGAUGGCACCUGGGUUGCUUUGUGCGACGAGGGAUGGGGCUUGGCUGAAGCUCGUGUGGCCUGCAGGCAGCUGGGCUGCGGGCGAGCGCUGGCAGCUCCUGGUGGGUCACACUUUGGCCAUGGACCCAGUCAAACGUGGCCCAACAUCGUGAGCUGCGUGGGGACUGAGACCACGCUUUCCAUGUGCAAGGUGAAGCCCCGUGGCAGUGGCAUUUGUCACCACGGAGGAGAAGCCAGCGUGGUGUGUGCAGAUAAUUCGGAGGGUGACCAGAUCCGGCUGGUGAACUUCAACAGCCGCUGCGCUGGUAGGGUUGAGAUCUUCCACAACAAGCGGUGGGGGACGGUGUGCGAUGACAACUGGGAUCUGCUGGACGCCGAGGUUGUCUGCCGGCAGCUGGACUGCGGGCGAGCACUGUCAGCUCCAGGAAGGGCUCAGUUUGGGCGCGGGGACAACAUCAUCUGGAUGGAUGAGGUGAACUGCACGGGGAAGGAGAACAUGUUGUCCACCUGCCAUGCCCGCCCGUGGGGCAUCAAUAACUGCUACCACGGGGAAGACGCUGGUGUGGUUUGCUCAGACGCACUCAUUCCUGAGCCGGCUCCUCUUCGUCUGGUGAACGGUUCCCACCGCUGCGCUGGCCGAGUUGAGGUGUUCUACCACGAUCAGUGGGGAGGUGUCUGCGACCACAGCUGGGAUAUGCGGGAUGCUGAGGUCGUGUGCCGGCAGCUGGUCUGUGGGACAGCGCUGCCGGCAUCAGAAGGGGCGGACUUUGGCGUUGGACCUCCGCAAGUCUGGUUGGAUGACGUGAACUGCCAGGGGACGGAGGAGACCCUUAGGAAAUGCCAGACCAGCCCGUGGGGAGAGAGCAGCUGCAGCCACGGCAAGCACGCCAGUGCCGUGUGCUCAGGUUCAGAUGCUUCCAGGUUUGAUCCAGUGCGGCUGGUUGGAGGCCCUGGGCGCUGCGCAGGGAGGGUGGAGGUGUUCCACAACGAGAAAUGGGGGACGGUGUGCGAUGACAGCUGGGAUUUCAUUGAUGCCGCCGUGGUGUGCCGGCAGCUGGACUGUGGGGUGGUGAUUACGGCGCCGCGGCAGGCACACUUCGGGCAGGGAGAAGGUCCCAUCUGGUUGGAUGACGUACGCUGCACGGGGACAGAGCCUGCCCUCUCCGAAUGCAAAGCCAAGGGUUGGGGCAUCCAUGGAUGCAAGCACGGAGAAGAUGCUGGCGUGGUGUGCUCUGGAUCCGGCAUUUCUGACCUCACAAGCCUCCGCCUGGUGAACAACUCAGACCCGUGCUCCGGGACACUUGAAGUCUUUCACGACCAGCGCUGGGGUGGCAUCUGCACUGACGGCUGGGACCUGGCUGAAGCCCACGUUGUGUGUCGGCAGUUGGGCUGCGGGGCGGCGCGCUCAGCCGUGGAGUCUACCUGGUCCGGGACAGGAGAUGGCCUCAUCUGGGUGGAUGCCGUGGAGUGCAGCGGGACAGAGGUGUCGCUCUUUGAGUGCAAGGUCAAGCUCUGGGGUGCUGAGAGCUGCAAGUCCAAAGGGCACGCGGGUGUCUCAUGCUCUGGGGCUGCAGAUGGAAGCAACUCCGACUUGGCCGAGCUGCGGCUGGUGAAUGGGAUGCACCGCUGCGCUGGGAGGGUGGAAGUUCUCCACGCCGGGCAGUGGGGGACAAUCUGUGAUGACAACUGGAACCUUCUCGAUGCGGCAGUGGUGUGCAGGCAGCUGGGCUGUGGCAGGGCCACCGCAGCGCCCGGCCAGGCUCGCUUCGGGCAGGGCAUGGGACGUAUCUGGUUGGAUGAUCUGAGCUGCACCGGGAAUGAGGACAACCUCAGCCAGUGCCAAGCCCGUCCCUGGGGAGAGAACAACUGCAACCAUCGAGAAGACGCAGGCGUGGUGUGCUCAGGUGAUGCCACAACUAACAAAUCGACCGUCCGGCUGGUGGGUGGCUCUCAUCGCUGCGCUGGGAGGGUGGAGAUCUUCCACAACCAGGAGUGGGGGACGGUGUGCGAUGACAGCUGGGACCUGAACGACGCCGAGGUGGUUUGCAGACAGCUGGGCUGCGGCCGGGCCAUGGCAGCGCCAGCAGAAGCUUUCUUUGGGAGAGGGAUGGACCCUAUCUGGCUGGACAGGGUGGCUUGCCAAGGCACAGAGAACACCCUCGAGGAGUGUCGGGCGAGGCGGUGGGGAACCAGCUGCAGCCAUGAAGAAGACGCCAGCGCUGUCUGCUCAGAUCCAACCAGGACAGAGGUGGCAGAGGUCCGCCUGGCCAAUGGACCAAGCCGUUGUGCUGGCAGGGUGGAAGUUCUCCACGCCGGGGAGUGGGGGACAAUCUGUGAUGACAACUGGGACCUGCUUGAUGCGGCGGUGGUGUGCAGGCAGCUGGGCUGUGGUCAGGCCACUGCAGCAUCCGGCCGGGCUCGCUUUGGGCAGGGGACUGGGCACAUCUGGUUGGAUGAUCUGAGCUGCACUGGCGACGAGGACAACCUCAGCCAGUGCCAAGCCCGUCCCUGGGGAGAAAGCAACUGCAACCAUGAAGAAGACGCUGGUGUGGUGUGCUCAGGUGCCAACAUCACAGAGGAGAUACAGAUCCGCUUGGCCAACGGCCCCAACCGCUGUGCCGGGAGGGUGGAGGUGCUUCACGACCAUGAGUGGGGAACCAUCUGCGAUGACAGCUGGGAUCUGAAGGAUGCCAAGGUGGUCUGCAGGCAGCUGGACUGUGGCAUGGCUGUGGUGGCCCCUGGCCAAGCUCACUUUGGGCAAGGGUCAGACCCCAUCUGGUUGGACGAGGUGGAGUGCACCGGGACAGAGACCACCUUCUCCCAGUGCAACUUGGGUGGCUGGGGCCUCCAUAACUGCAACCAUGAGGAGGACGCGGCAGUCGUGUGCUCAGGCACGAACCCCUUGCAGGUCCGGGUGAAGGACGGUCCUGGUCCCUGCGCGGGGCAGGUGGAGGUGCUCUACAAUGGGACCUGGCAUGGGGUCUGCAGCAAUGGCUGGAGCUUGCUGGAAGCCGGCGUGGUCUGCAAGCAGCUGGGCUGUGGGCAAGCCCUGGCGGCACCCGUUGGAGCCCACCAGGAUGGGAGGACUUUGUUGGAGGGGUUGAGCUGCCACGGGACAGAGUCCUUGCUCCUGGAGUGCCAGCAGAGUGGGAUGGGGCCAGGGCUGUGCGAGCAGGGCUCAGUGGCCGGCGUGGUGUGCAUGAAGCCCAAAGGUUCUUCUUCAUCUUGCUCGGUGCUGGUAGCGCUGGUGGCACUGGUGAUGGUGCUGAGUGGGGUCCUGUUAUGGCUCAACCUGCAGAGGAGGUUCAUGGCAGCAGCUCAGCCUGGAGCCCACCAGUCCCCAGGCCACCACAGCUCCUCAGCGACCUCCUUCCAGUCCAUGGGGGCCAUCUACCACCCCGCCAAGUCAGAAGCUCCUGAGGACAUCGACGUGGAGACCACACAGCUGAUGAAGGACGAUGCUGCCCCGUGAUGCCAGCACCCACAGGGACCUCACAGGGCUCCUGCUGCUCCCUGGAGGUCCAGAGGACCAUGAAACCAUAGCUGAUGGACAGAAUGUUCAAAACCAGGGACACACCAGGAAUAGUGGAAUGGGCCAACGAAGUGUUUCACAACCCACGGACAUUUGUUUACACCCUUCUCCUCCCACGGCCCCCGAAGACCCUGGAGGCCCUGGAGCAGAAGGAAGGCUGCAACCCAAUUAAAAGGUUACUU